GCUGUGCAAUAAAGCCCGUAAAUUGUCUGGUGAUCGGUUACCGUCACGUCGCUUACCUAAAAAAUUAAUAGCCCAUUAGAGUUGUUAUUCCCCUGCGACACAAGAUACCUUCAAUGCGCAAAAGACACAAUCAUACUUAUUAAUACGUCAGUAUGCUCAGCCUUGUAAGAAAAUACUGAUUUUUAAUAUCGCACAUUAAUAAUUAAGCUUGAACAACAACCGUAAGCGAGCCGAAUGACGAAUUGCGUUUAAGAAAUAUUUUUCAGUCGUUACGAUGAUUUCACCUGAAAUCGUAAUACAGAAGCAGAUUUUGUAAUCGGAUAGUUGGCUCUUUUAUCUGCGAGACAAAAAAUUUCUUAUCAUUCCCAAUUAUUGAGAUUCUCGAUACUUGGUUGAUUGAUUCGCCGAGUCAUUUUUGUGAUAAAAAUUUUUCAAGUAUCCGUUACUUGGUGAAGUAGCAAGAAAUUAUUAGUGGAAGUCCGUGUUACGUGUUGUAUGAUUAGAAAGAGCAUUUGGCAAGUCUAACCUAAAAUUGUAGAAUUUAUUGAUAACCCACAACAAGAAGGUUCCCUGUUUUAAUUUUUACUCUAAUAUAACUAGUGUUAACCAGAUUAAAUGAUUAGAAAAAGCAUUCAGCAAGUCUAACCUAAAAUUGUAGAAUUUAUUGAUAACCCACAACAAGAAGGUUCCCUGUUUUAAUUUUUACUCUAAUAUAACUAGUGUUAACCAGAUUAAAUGAUUAGAAAAAGCAUUCAGCAAGUCUAACCUAAAAUUGUAGAAUUUAUUGAUAACCCACAACAAGAAGGUUCCCUGUUUUAAUUUUUACUCUAAUAUAACUAGUGUUAACCAGAUUAAAUGAUUAGAAAAAGCAUUCAGCAAGUCUAACCUAAAAUUGUAGAAUUUAUUGAUAACCCACAACAAGAAGGUUCCCUGUUUUUAUGUUUACUCUAAUAUCACAUGAGCAUUAACCAGAUUAAAUGAUUAGAAAAACAUCCAGCAAGUUCAGCCAAAAAUUUCCUUGUAUACGAAGGCUUUCAAUUGAUUAAUAAUCCACAAGUAGUCCCUACUCAAUUUCUGAUCAGUUUCAUUGUAGACAGAGUGCAUGGGUCGCUAUACUAGAUAAGACUGUACGGGCUGAAUAAAUAUUACAAAUACAAAGUCUAGCACAGUUUACCAUUGACACGUGAACGCAGGUAGCAAAAUUCGAAGUUUAUUUAAAACAGUUGGCAAGACGCGUAUCUCGUACCUGAAUGAGGCUGUAAAUCAUAAAAAAUGUUGGAUUCCUAUUAGCAAAACAACUCUCCUUCCCAUCCACACAGUCCAAUCAUGGAUCUGCUGGAUUCACCUUUAGCCUUUCGGGUAAUCAGGACAUCGAAGGUCCUCAGGGUGGAUUCGAAUGUGUCCAACAAACUGGUCCUAAGAGUUUGGAGAGUCUCGGUGCGUUGCCGUGCAAAAUGCGGAUACAGGCCAACGACGACGUCUACGAGACCACCAGGCACAGGAUGGCCGUGGCCGAGGAGAAUAGCAAGAACAAAUGCACCAGGGUGAUUAAAGCAAAUCAAUCGGAUAUCGGACGCAAAGUGAAGGUGAAAGGAAACGGAAGGACGAUACCACCUCCAGCUAGUGCCAGGCAUCGAGAACCCGCGAUUGCUCCAGCAUCAUCCAACAUCCAGCCGUCCAGGCUCUCUUCUUAUAAGCCAGUCCCUAGUAAUCCUCCCACUGUCAGAUCCCAGCCUGAGAAGAAGAUGCCCGACAUUGUGCGGAGGCCACUCAAGGAACGGCUUAUACAUCUACUCGCUCUGAAGCCUUACAAGAAGCCUGAGCUGCAUGAUCGUCUCGUGGUCCGAGAAGGUGUCAAGGAUCGCGAGCGAUCCGCCAUGAUGACGAUACUCAAGCAGGUGGCCUUUAUGAGGGACAAUACCUACCACCUGCACAGGCACGUGUGGAACGACGUGCAAGAGGAUUGGCCGUUUUAUACUGAGCAGGAGAAGGCGAUGCUGAAGAGGCGGAAGCCACAGAAUCUGACACCCCCAGGUUCCAGCGACGGAGGAUCCAGUGGCAGUGGACAGUCACCAAACUCUACCCAUCCGGGAUCACCGCCGGCGAUCACGGCACCACCCCCGAGCGUCCUCGCGUCAAAGAGACCGGGUUACUACCAGGGUAGCGAUGGUCUUCAAACGAAAAGACCACGGAUAUCGCAUUAUCGUAAGCCUGAACCGAGCUCCACGUCUAGCACCGUGGAUAACGGAAGGACGACACUCGGUGGAAAUAGUGUCGGCGGAGGCAACGGCAGCGGCGGUGCUGGUGUCGGUAGUGGUAACGGUGGUAGUGGUGGCGGUGGUGGUGGUAGCGGUAACGGCGGCAGUGGCGGUGGCGGAAUAGGAAGCAGCGGUGGUAGUGUUGUCAGCGAGAUCAACAGCUGGGACCAGAGAUCGCAGCAUCGCGGCAACGACCGGGGCGAGUACCGGCCCGAAAGAACAACAAACAGUGAAGUGCUACGUGGCAGCUAUGGCGUCGGUAAACCGUGCCUGACGCCAACCAGUGACAGUGAGGACGUCAACCAUACCGUGCACCCUAGCAACCCGAGCGGCAGCCAUAAUUCGCAUAGUGGUCUAACGACCCACAGUAGUCAGAUUGGAGGCAGCCACUACGGGGGCGGCAGUAAUAACAAUAAGUCGUCGGUGUCCUCGACGACGUCAGGCGCCGGUGAAGGCAGUGGUGCGGUAGUGAAUUUCGUGAGAUCAAGCAGUAGUGUGUCUGGCUACGGUGCGAGUCCCAAUGGAGUAUUGGCCGACAGGAGGGACCGGGAGCGCGAACGGGAACGUGACCGGGAUCGCGGCGAUAGGGAUUCCAGGGACAUCAGGGAGAUUAGGGAAAGAGAGAGAAAUACGACUGCUGUCAACUCCUACAACGAUCUGUCUGGCUCUGCCUAUUCUGCCAGCAACACUGGAAACGGAACCGUCUCUUCUUCCUAUGGACCAGUUUCGCCUACCUCCGAUAGCUCCAAGACGUCCGAGUAUCCCGACUACCUCACAUACUACACGACGAUAAGCAGCGCCGAGCAAAGGAGGCGCUACAAAGCGGAGUUCAACGCUGACUACGAAGAGUACCGAAGAUUGCACACCCAGGUAGCCAAGGUUUCGAAGCGAUUCGCUCAGCUCGAGGAGAGGCUGAAGCAGGAGAUGGCAUAUGGGAACUAUGAAAGAUCUGAGGAAAUAAAGGAACAAAUUUUGGAAAAGUACAAUGAGACGAAACGCGACCCAGUUCAUCAAGAAACGAAACGGCGAUUUCACUAUCUACACGAGAAGCUGAGCCACAUAAAACGGCUGGUCCUGGAAUAUGACACGCAAAACGGAAAUGCCGGCAGCGGUAGUGGAACUGGCGGUAGUAGCGGCGCUGGAGGAGGCGGUGUCGUCGGCAUGGACGUCGACAGUUUGCGCUACUGACACAAGCUCAAACAGCCGCUUCUCGUUUCCUGUCUCUUCUCGGUUGUCAAUACAUUGCUGUCGACAUUAUUGCAGAACCUGCAUUUUAUCGGCAUACUACAAGCUUAACUUUAUCCUCGAUACGGUUCGAAUUGUUCCUGAGGCGUCCUCUCGAAGACUCUAAGACGUCGGUCCACGUGGGACCUCGAUGCUCAUUAUUUUCGCAUGGCGUCCGAUCCAAGAAGACGGUGAAGACAAUGACGAAAAGAUUACUAUACACGUAUAUAAUGUAUCUGUACACGUACACGCGUCGUAGCAACAAAUUCUGCUCAAGCACCAUCAACCUUCGCGAAACCGACGGCGCACACGAGCCAGACUACUGCCACGGCGUCGGAGCCGUCGGGACGCAACAAUAUCGGCGACCCGCCGAAGACAAUCGGAAGUCACGCUCGCAAAUGCCACGAGCGUCAGCAAGAACUCCAUCCGCACUACGGAAAGAAAAAGCUGCGUAGCGUCCAAGACUGUUCAGUGAAGAAAAUGUUUAGUAAACUAUAUAAGUAAUUACAGUACGCACGUCCAAGUGUCCAGAUUAGUAGUUAUGCGUUUGUGUGAGAGGGUCCAAGGAAAAAGGGUUUGCCGCGCGUUCACCAGGAAGCGUUUCCCCCAGUCCUUCUCCAAGAGAAGUAACGCAGGAGAAUAGCGUGAGAAAAAGGAGUGCCGCCCCUACUGUUCGCGCCCUUAUAUCCUAUUAUCUGGUACCAAUAUCAAUAAAGGUUUAUCACUAAUUCUAAAUCAUAUCAAACGAGAAAAAAAAAAUUUAAUAACCGGGAACGUGACACAGAAAAAGCUUUGUGGCGCUUCCGCAGUCCUUUGGAAACUUUUUCGCGUAUCAUUGCGUCCUUCCUCUUUCGGAUAAUUCUAUCAAAAUUUCUCGGGAAACUUUUCAGUUAUCUUGUUUGGUCGGGAAAUCACCUUUUUAUAAUCGUUCGUAUCACACGACCCGAGUAAAUAAUAAGUAUGACACAUAUACCGUGUGUCUUUCUCAAUGGAUAGAAUUCUAAUUUUGGCGCGACACGUUCGGUGGUUAAUUGGGGAUAAUCUGAAGUAGGAAAAAAAGGCUCCACGCGACAUAUAUGCACGUCAUUACUUUCCUCGAUUAUCAUACGGGCGAUGGAAGGUAAAGUAAUUGAAUUAAAGGGAAAAGAAAAUAUUAGUUAAUCCGUUUGAAUGAGGGAUGUACGCGCAUAUUCGAAAGACGCAAACACACACGGAUACAUGUAAACACACCUUCGCGCAUACACUGCGCGAAACGCGCGUGUUUCGGAAUUUCGCGAAUCCGCCGAACAAAAAAAAAAGAAAGAAUUAAAUGAGCGUUAAACGUUAACAAAAAAAAAAAAACCAACAAGGAGCGAUCGAAGUGAUCGAAGUGAUCGGAUGAGAUAUAUGGCAAUGUGAUCUUGUCCAGAUUGUGUAUAUUGAGUAAUAUAAAUAUUUUAAUAAUUUUAAUGAUAGCGAUUAAUUGAGUAACAUUAUUAAUGAUAGUGACCUUCAUUGUAAUUCAUAAAUAACAAUUUUAAAAAGAAUAUCGAAGUUAGGUUUAAAAGAAAUGCGGUUGAUGAUUAUAACGAUGUGAUGCGAAAGGGAUAUGAUAAUGGGGGUAAUGACAAUGUUGAUGAUUAUUAUGGUUAUGAUUAGGAUGAGAAUGAGGAUAGCGGCGACGAUCAUAAUGAUUAUGAAUAACGAGAGAUAGAUGAUAAUAAUGAGAACAGUGUACAGGCAUACCACCAUAUUUCGCUUGUAAACUUAUACUUUAUUCGUGUAAUUAAUUAUCAUUACUAUGAUUACUGUUCGGAUACACAUUCGAUAUAGCGAAUAGCCAAUAAACACGCGCCGUCACGGAAUGCGCCGAAUACUGUCAAAAGCGAUGACCAAAUGUUGGUAUCGGUGAACGAAAGAAGAAAAAAAAAGAAAAAAAAAGAGAGAACUUCCUCGAGCGAGCAUUGAACAGCCACGCGGUGCCAAACUUUGUCGAAUCCUUUCGUUUCGCAUCUUUCACUAUUGAAUAUUCACGUAACAUGCAUGUACCAGUACUGGAAAAGUUUUCCGUGAACAUUUCAAAAAGCCCGACCAAUUCUUCAUGAGCGUUCGUUCGUUAUAUCGAUGUCCUCUUCUAUGACGUCCAGACGCUUUUCGGAGUCACCCUGUAUAUAUAUAAAUAUGUCGGCACGCCUUCCGUUCGUACUGUAGACGUUAAUCGGUUCAAUGCUUGUGUAAAAAUAAAAUUGAAAUUAAAAUACAAUGACGUGACUCUGCCGUUCCGUGGUCGGCCCGAGCGUAAGGAAUUACGAAAAAUAUAUAAAUGUGGGAACGAAUAUUCCUCGUUUUAAGUAAUUUAAACGAUUAACGCGCCAAUAGGAAGGAAACUGAAGUAUGAAAGAAAAAAGAAAUACACGUGUAUCAUACGUAGAAUGUGCAUGGACGCACUCUCACGCUAUCGCGUGCCUAUGAUGCUGAUUUUCAUUGUUGCUCAUCGAGUCCGACACUCUCCUCCCGCUAAGCUUAGUUUGAUAACAGAUAAUGUCCAUAGAAAAUUUAAUAAUAAUUUUUUUUUUUUUUUUUUUUUUUUCAAAACUUACCAAAUGAUAAACUCCAUCUCGCUCAGCCCCCAGUCACCCCUCGAGCCUCCGGCAAUGGCAAUUACGUUAAAGAGCACAACAGUAACAGGUACAGCAAAGAGAGACCGUUGGACGAAUGUUAAAUUUAAGAAAAAAAAAAAAAA